GAGAGGGCGCGACAUUCGACGGAUGCACUGAAUCAUUUAUGUCUGCAUUGUUUGUUUAGUGUACAUUCACUUCUGCAUCGAUCGCUUCGGAAAUAAAAGUUCCAGGAGUUUGGAAGUCGAUGUUGAUUUAUUGCGUGUCAGGUUGUAUUCAUUCCUACUGUGCUUUCGCGUACCUCUCAGACCGAUGGUCUAUUUUAAGGAAGAGACAGAUCAACACCUGUUUUCACUGAUCUGGAUGCUUUGACAGUUCCCUUUCCUUAUGUCACUGGCAUCCCAUUUUGCUCGCUUGUCCCUCCGGGUGUAUUGCACUUAGGCACUGAGCUGAGCUCGAACCAUUUACUCUUCGCUUCAGUUUUUUCAUUGUGUCCGUGGUUCUUCAGACUUUUUCGUCUCACUCAUUAAAAGGAUUCUACGGAUCUCCUUGCUACUAUACUAUAAGGUUAACCAUGGCUGAAGCAGGACGUCCCGAAGAUCACAGAGAUGACUCGGUUGGAGAUGAAUUCAAUGAAAUCAUCAAAACCAGAACGGAUGAAAGAGAAGAUGUUCAAAAGAAAACAUUCUCAAAAUGGAUAAACUCACAGUUUGCUAAGGCUGGGAAAUCUCAGAUCGAAGACCUCUUCACUGAUCUUCGGGAUGGGAGACGACUUCUGGAGCUCUUGGAAAGCCUAGCAGGCCAUGAACUAGCAAAAGAAAAGGGCUUCACAAGAGUUCAUGCGCUCAACAAUGUCAACCGAGCAUUGCAAGUCCUGCAGAAAAAUAACGUUGAGCUGGUAAACAUUGGAGGUGCUGACAUAGUGGAUGGAAAUCAUAAACUUACCUUGGGUUUGAUCUGGAGCAUUAUCCUCCACUGGCAGGUAAAGGAUGUAAUGAAAAACAUCAUGGCUGGUUUGCAACAGACAAACAGCGAGAAGAUCCUGCUAAGCUGGGUGCGCCAGUCAACCCAGGACUACCAGGAAGUCAAUGUUGUCAAUUUCACCAACAGCUGGUCUAAUGGUCUGGCCUUCAAUGCACUUAUCCAUAGUCACAGGCCUGACCUCUUUGAGUGGAGCAGCGUACUGAAGUAUCAGUCAGCGAUUGAAAAACUGGACCAUGCAUUCAGCACAGCCAAACAACACCUAGGCAUCGAGAAACUGCUGGAUCCUGAAGACAUUGCAACCACACACCCAGACAAAAAGUCCAUCAUUAUGUACGUUACAUCGCUCUUUCAAGUCCUGCCCCAGCAAGUAAGCAUUGAAGCCAUCCGAGAAGUGGAGACUCUACCCCGGAACAUGAAGAUCACUCAGGAGGAACAUUUUCAGAUCCAGCAUCAGCAACGAUAUUCCCAGCAGAUCACAGUCAGUGUUGCACAGGGCCGUGUGCGCACCCCCUCUCCUUCUCUUAAACCACGCUACAAAAGCUAUGCCUACACACAAGCUGCUUAUGUCAUGUCAUCUGACCAAAAGAGGAGGCACUUUUCUCCCCAGCCUCAAGCCCAGGAAGGCAAGGUUGUUGGCAGCCCGCUGAUGGAAGCUGAAGUUCACCUGGACAGCUACCAGAGUGCAUUAGAAGAGGUGCUAACAUGGCUUCUGUCGGCUGAGGAUGCUUUGCACACACAUGGAGAUGUCUCCAGCGACGUGGAAGUGGUCAAGGAGCAGUUUCACACCCAUGAGGGCUUCAUGAUGGAAUUAACAUCUCACCAGGGCGGUGUGGGAAAGGUUCUCCAUGCUGGAAGCAAGUUGUUAUCAGAAGGGAAGCUGUCAGAAGAUGAAGAAAAUGAGAUCCGAGAACAGAUGAAUCUCCUGAACUCCAGAUGGGAAAAUCUCAGGGUAGCCAGCAUGGAGAGGCAAAGCAAACUACAUGAAGUUUUAAUGUUCCUCCAACAUCAGCAACUGAAAGAGCUGGAAGAUUGGCUUGCGACAACAGAAGCAAGAAUCAACAAUAUGGAGACACAGCCUCUCGGUCCUGAUCUGGAAGAUGUAAAACAUCAAGUAGAAGAACACAAACUUCUCCAAGAGGAUCUGGAAACAGAGCAAGUGAGAGUGAACUCCCUAACCCACAUGGUAGUGGUGGUGGAUGAGAGCAGUGGAGACAGCGCCACAGCUGUCUUGGAGGAGAAACUGCAGAGCUUGGGAGAAAGGUGGGCGGCCAUUUGCAAGUGGACAGAGGAGCGCUGGAUGCUUUUGCAGGAGAUUCUUCUUAAGUGGCAGCACUUCACUGAGGAGCAGUGCCUCUUUGAUGCCUGGCUGAUUGAAAAAGAAGAAGCUGUUAACAGGAUCCAAACAACCGAUUUCAAAGACCAGAACGAAAUGGUGGCCAGUCUGAGACAAUUAGCUAUCCUGAAAGGGGACUUGGAAUUGAAGAGACAGACCAUGGAUAAGUUGUGCGCACUCAGCCAGGACCUCCUGUCAGCCGUGAAAAACAAGGACGUAGCUCAAAAGCUGGAAGCUCGUCUAGAGGAUUUCGCCCAGCGCUGGGACAGCCUUGUGCAGGCCCUGGAGAAGAGCUCCACACAGAUUUCACAGGCUGUCACCACUGCUCAGCCGUCACUAACGCAGACCACAGUAAUGGAAACUGUAACUAUGGUGACUACCAGAGAGGAGGUCCUGGUUAAACAUGCUAAGGAAGAACUCCCUCCACCCCCACCCCUGAAGAAGAGGCAGAUUGUGGUGGACUCUGAACUUCGGAAAAGGUUUGGAGUGGAUACGACCGAGCUGCACAGUUGGAUGACCAGAUCUGAAGCCAUACUCCAAAGUCCAGAGUUUGCGAUUUCCCGGAAAGAAGGGAACCUCUCAGAUCUUCAGGAGCGAGUAAAUGCCAUUGAGAGAGAGAAGCCAGAGAAGCACAGAAAGCUGCAAGAUGCCAGCCGAUCAGCUCAGGCACUGGUGGAACAGAUGGUGAAUGAGGGCCUUAACGCUGAUGACAUCAAGCAGGCCUCAGAGCAGUUGAACAACCGCUGGGUUGAGUUCUGUCAGCUGCUUGGAGAGAGGCUGGCUUGGCUGCAGUACCAGAACAAGAUUUUAGCCUUUUACAGCCAGCUUCAGCAGAUUGAGCAGGCUGUAGUGACUGUGGAGAACUGGCUGAGGAGCCAACAAGCACCAGCAACAGAUCCUGAAUCCAUCAAACUACAGCUCGAGAAAUGCAAGGAUGAGGCUGCUCGCUUGUCUGCAUUGCAGCUUAAAAUUGAGAAGUUGAAAGACCAAGGGAAAGAGCUCAAGGAAAAGGAAGAAGUGCCCAUGUUUCUUGAGGCUGAUAUCGCAGCGCUCACCAACCACUGUAACCAGGUUUUGGGUGACCUUCAGGCAAGGGAAAAACAGCUAAAGACUAUUCUAGAGAGCCUGCCACCUACCCGGUAUAAGGAGACUGUGACUACCCUCUUGUUGUGGAUCCAGCAAUCAGAAACCAGACUCUCCAUUCCUCAGGUUACAGUCACUGAGUACGAGAUCAUGGAGCAGAGACUUAAGGAGUUAAAGGUCUUACAGGGCUCCCUGCAGGAACAACAGAGUGGCCUCAACUACCUAACAUCCACCAUGGAGGAGGUGUGUCAGAAAGCCCCUGUGGAGAUCAGCAAGAAGUACCAGCUGGAGAUCGAGGCCAUCCUCUGUCGCUGGAAGAAGCUGUCAGCUCAGCUGGGAGAACAGGGCCAGAAACUGGAGGAGCUGAUGACCAAACUCCAGCAGUUUCAAAACGACACAAAAACUUUGCAGAAAUGGAUGGCAGAAGUGGAUGUUUUCCUAAAUGAAGAAUGGCCUGCGCUGGGCGAUUCAGAAGCUCUUGAAAAGCAACUGGAGCAAUGCACAGCUUUGGUGAAUGACAUCCACACGAUCCAGCCCAGUCUGAAUGGUAUCAACAACGUGGGCCAGACUCUCAAAAGCGAGGCGGAGCCUGCCUUUGCCAGCAAGCUGCAGGAAGAGCUCACUGAACUCAAUGCUCAGUGGGAGAAUAUCUGCAAACAGGCAUAUGCUAAAAAGUCAGCCUUAAAGGGUGGAUUAGACAAGACGGUGAGUCUGAGGAAGGACCUGACUGAAAUGCAGGAGUGGAUAACACAGGCGGAAGAAGAUUACCUGGAGAGGGAUUUUGAGUACAAAACACCAGAGCAGUUGAAAAGGGCAGUGGAGGAGUUAAAGAGGGCUCAAGAGGAGGUCCAGCAGAAGGAGGUGAAGGUAAAGCUCCUCACAGAUUCGGUAAACAGUUUCAUAGCGAAGGCUCCUCCCGUCGCUCACGAGGCCUUAAAGACUGAACUUGCCGUUCUGACGUCCAACUACCAGAGACUGUGCAGCAGGCUGAAUGGCAAAUGCAAAACAUUAGAGGAGGUCUGGGCCUGCUGGUGUGAACUCCUGUCAUAUCUCGAGGCAGAGAACAGAUGGAUGGAUGACUUGGAACUUAAAUUGAGAGCUAUAGACAGCAUCCAGGGGGGUGCAGAGGAGAUCUCAGAGGCAUUGGAUUCUCUGGAAAGCAUGUUGCGCCACCCAGAGGACAACCGUAAUCAGGCUCGAGAGCUUGCCCAGACGCUGACAGAUGGAGGAAUCCUAGAUGAGUUGAUUAAUGAGAAGCUAGAGACCUUUAAUACUCGCUGGGAUGAGCUACUGCAGCAGGCUGUAAAGAGACAGCAGUCCCUUGAGCAUAGUAUCCAAUCUGCUCAGGAAACUGACAAAACAAUGCGCUUAAUUCAGGAGUCUCUAGGAACCAUUGACCGCCACCUAUCAGCCUACAUUGCAGACCGGAUUGAUGCAGCUCAGAUCCCAGCGGAAGCGCAGAAAAUCCAGUCUGAGUUGAGCAGCCAUGAAAGCAGCCUGGACGAAAUGAAAAAGAGAAAGCUUGUAAAGGAAACUUCAGAGCGAGUCAUUUCACAGAUUGACAUAACGCAGAAAAAGCUACAGGAAGUCUCCAUGAAGUUCCGCUUGUUCCAGAAGCCAGUGAACUUUGAGCAACGCCUGUUGGAUUGUAAGAGGACUCUGGAUGAUGUGAAGGCCCAGUUGCCAAUGUUGGAGAUGAAAAGUGUAGAGCAGGAUGUUCUGCAGUCACAGCUGGAUCAAUGCAUGAAAUUUUACAAAAGUUUGAGUGAGGUGAAGUUGGAAGUUGAGACAGUCAUAAAGACUGGACGGCAGAUUGUUCAGAAGCAGCAGACUGAAAACCCCAAAGAGCUGGAUGAGAGACUCACAGCUUUGAAAGUGCAGUACAAUGAAAUGGGUUCCCAGGUGACAGAAGGGAAGCAAGAUCUGGAGAAGUGUUUGAAAUUGUCCCGGAAGCUGAGGAAAGAGGUGAAUGCCCUGACCGAAUGGCUGGCGGCGACGGAUACAGAGCUGACAAAGCGGUCUGCAGUGGAGGGGAUGCCCACUAAUUUGGAUGCUGAGGUUGCAUGGGGAAAGGCUAUACAGAAAGAGACUGAGAAGCACCAUCAGCAGUUGAAGAAUAUCUCUGAUCUGGCUGAAGCUGUGAAAGCUACACUUCAUGGCAAGGAGAACCUAGUAGAAGACAAAGUCAGCCUCCUGAACUGUAAUUGGAUAGCAGUGACCUCGAGGGCUGAGGAGUGGCUAAACCUGUUGUUGGAUUAUCAGAAGCAGAUGGGAAUUUUUGAUCAGAACAUUGCCCAAAUCACUGCCUGGAUGUACCGCGCUGAGAUUCUCCUGGACGAGUCAGAAAAGCAAGACGAUAAAGAGGAAGUGUUAAAGUGUUUGAAGGCUGAGUUGAACGGUAUUCGUACGAAGGUGGAGGCAGUGCGUGACCAGGCCCAGGACCUCAUUAAGAACCGUGGAGAUCAUUGCAGAGAAGUCAUAGAGCCCACGCUGACAGAGCUUAAUCAGCGGUUUGAAGCUUUAUCACGCAGGAUAAAGACUGGAAAGACCUCUGUUUCCUCCAGAGAAGUGGAGCAAUAUCACGCAGAUACACAGGAAUGGCUAGACCAGCUGGAGGCAGAGGUUAAGCAAGGAGAGACCCUGAAAGAAGAGGAUUUUCAGAAAGAUGCGGGAGAUGCAGAGGAAGGGGCAGUGAAAGAGCUUUUGCAGAAAGGAGAGAACCUACAGCAGCGAGUUCCAGAUGAGAGGAAACGAGAGGAGAUCAGAAUAAAGCAACACCUGUUAAAUUCUAAAUAUAACACUGUCAAGGACUUGAGAUCUCUGAGGAAGAAAAAGGCUCUGCCAAUAUCACCCGAGUGGUACCAGUACAAGCGGCAGGCUGACAACCUACUGCAGUGGCUUGAUGACAUUGAGAAAAGUGUCGCCAGUUUACCAGACCCUAGAGAUGAACAAAAGAUAAAGGAGAUUGAUGCUGAACUGGAGGAGAAGAGAGAAGACCUGAAUGCAGUCAACAGGCAGGCUCAAAGCUUGUCAAGGGAUGGGGCUGCAAAAGCAGUGGAGCCGAGCUUGAUCCAGCUCAACAAACGCUGGCAAGAAAUAGAGAGCAAAUUUGCUCAGUUCCGACGACUGAACUUAUCACAAAUUCAAACGGUUUACGAAGAGACGACAGUUGUGACGACUGAAGGGGUGACUGUGGAGACCUCUCAUGCACCUUCUGCGUUCCUAGCAGAGAUACGCUGGCUGCUCCACUCCGUAGCCGAGGUGGAAUUUCUCCUCAACUCCCCUGAAUACUGGGCUGGAAACUUCCACAACUUCACAAAUCAAGAAGACUGUCUGCAGAAUGUGAAAUACAACCUGGGGCAGUUGUCUAGUCGAGUGGAGGGUGUCCACAGUAAGAAAGCAGCAGCCCUUCAGAGUGCCUCAACUGUGGAAACCGAGCAGAUCCAAGAGGCCCUGAGUCAGCUGGAUGUAAACUGGGAAAAACUUAACAAGUUGUACAAGGACCGUCAUGCGAGGUUUGACAAAUCUGUGGAGAAGUGGCAUCGAUUCCACAGCGAUUUAAAAACCCUUGUCCAGUGGCUGACUGAAGCUGAAUGUGUUCUGGCUAAGAUGGGGACUGACUCUGGGUGCCUUGACCAAACUGAAGCCAAAGAACAAUUUAAGGAGCUUCAGGAUGGCAUCAGAAGUCAGCAGGCGGUUGUCACUGCACUGAAUUCGACCGGGGAGGAGAUCAUCCAGCAGACAUCUGCCGACGAAGCCGGCAUCUUCAAGAAGAAACUCGCCAGUGUCAACGCUCGGUGGCAGGAGGUCUGCCGGCUGGUGACUGAGAGAAGAAGGAGGUUGGAGGAAGAAGAAAAUAUCCUGUCCGAAUUCCAGGAAGAUCUGAAUGAAUUUAUCUGUUGGCUCGAAGAGGCUGAGAGCAUUGCAGCAAUCCAACUGGAACCUGGAAAUGAACUGCAGUUGAAAGAGUGCUUGGAGAAAGUCAAGUUAAGAGUGGAAGAACUACCUCCACGUGAAAGAAUAUUAAAACAGCUGAAUGAGAGUGGAGAGCUAGCACUUGAGAGGAAGCUUAACCCUGAAGAACACAAGAAACUUGAGAUUGACCUGAAACAGGCCAAUCAUCACUGGGCACAGGUGUCCAGAGAUCUGCCUGAAAAACAAAAAGAAAUUGAAUAUCUGCUGAGAGGUGUUACACAAUUCCAACAACAGCUACAUCAGCUGGCACUCUGGGCUUCAACCACAAAAGACCAGCUAGAACUUUACAGACAAGUUGGAAUACCAGGGGCCUUCGAUACAAAGGAAACUGAGGACGAAGCUCAAGCCAAACAAGCUGAUGUGGAAGCAGUCUUAUCGAAGGCUCACCAGCUGUACAAGGAAAAACUAAUCACCCAGCCAACAAAGGGAAAGCUUGAAGACCUGAGUUCUGAUUGGAAAGCUAUCAAUACAUUACUUCUUCAGCUGAAAGGGAAACCAGAGGCAUCAAAGGUCAUCUCCACUGGUGUCUGUCAAACUGUUACCGUACUGUCUCAGACGCUGGUUACAAAGGAAACAACCACCUCAAAGCUGGAAAUGCCAUCGUCCCUACUGAUGGAGGUGCCAGCCAUGGCCGACUUCAAUAAAGCCUGGGCUGAGCUCACAGACUGGCUCUCCCUGUUGCAUCACGUAACCAAAACCCAGAUAGUGACGGUCGGAGACCUUGAAGAAAUCAAUGACAUGAUUGUCAAACAGAAGGCCGCUCUGCAGGACCUAGAGCAGAGGCGUCCUCAGCUGGAAGAUCUGAUUACUGCAGCACAGAACCUGAAGAACAAGACCAACAAUCAGGAGGCUCGAGCCGCCAUCACUGACCACAUAGAUAAAAUCCAGGUCCAGUGGGAGGAAGUACAAGGCCUGCUCCAGAACCGAAGGCAGCAGCUACAAGAGAUGCUGAAGGACUCGAGUCAGUGGCUUGAAGCGAAACAGGAGGCCGAACAGGUGCUGGAGAGGGCCAAAGCCAAGUUGGAUUCAUGGAAGGAAGUAUCUUAUACAGUUGAUGCACUAAAGAAGCAGAAUGCAGAUCUAAAGCAAUUUGUCAAAGAGCUCCGGCAGUGGCAGAUUAACAUAGAUGUGGCAAAUGACCUUGCACGCAAGCUGCUGCGGGAUUACUCUGCUGACGACACCAGGAAAGUUGAUCUGAUGACAGAGAGCAUGAACAAGUCCUGGGCAAGCAUUAAUAAGAAGGUGGGGGAGAGGGAGGCAGCAUUGGAAGCAGCCCUUAGGCUCCUGCAGCAGUUCUACCUGGAUCUGGAGAAGUUCCUUGGCUGGUUGACGGAAGCUGAGACGACAGCCAAUGUUCUCCAAGAUGCCACCCACAAGGAAGGUUUGCUGGAUGAUGCUCAUGUGGCUCGAGAGCUUGUGAAGCAGUGGCAGGACCUGCAGGCAGAGAUCGAAGCCCACACUGAGGUGUUCCACAGCCUAGAUGAGAAUGGGCAGAAGAUCCUGAAGUCUCUCGAGGGCUCAGAAGAUGCCACGCUGCUGCAUCGACGGCUGGACAACAUGAACGUCCGAUGGAGUGAGCUGCAUAAGAAGUCCUUCAGCAUCAGGUCCCAUCUUGAGGCCAGCACCGAGCAGUGGAAGCGCUUACACCUCUCUCUGCAGGAACUCCUUGCUUGGCUCCAGCUAAAGAAUGAGGAACUGACCAGACAGAAGCCCAUUGGGGGCGAUGUGCCUACCGUCCAAAAUCAGCUAGAUACACACAGGGCUUUCAAGAGGGAACUGAAAGCUAAAGAAUCUGUUAUCUUAAACAGUCUGGAGACGGUGCAGAUCUUCCUGGCAGAGCAGCCGGUCGAAGGGCUGCAAAGGCAUUAUCAGGAGCCAAGAGAGCUGUCAGCUGGGGAACAUGCCCAGAACAUAUCCCGAAUCCUUCGCAAGGAGUCAGAUGACGUGAAGACGGAGUGGGAGCGUCUGAACGGGCGCUCUUCAGACUGGCAGAAGAAGCUGGAUGAAGCCUUGGAGAGGCUGCUGGAGCUGCAAGAGGCCAUGGAUGAGCUGGACCUCAAACUGCAUCAGGCUGAGAUGGUCAAGCAGGGCUGGCAACCCGUGGGAGAUCUUCUCAUUGAUUCCCUGCAGGACCAUAUAGAGAAACUAAAGGCCUUCCGAGCUGAAAUUGCUCCGAUUAAAGAGAAUGUAACCCAUGUGAAUGACCUGGCAUCCAAGUUCACCCCUCCAGACAUCCAGCUUUCCCCUUACAACCUUAACCGUCUGGAGGAUCUGAACACACGCUGGAAGCUCCUGCAGGUUUCCAAGGAAACCUCCAGAAACUCAGGGCAAAUGAAGGAGGGAGGGGAGAUCUCCAAGGUGUCCAUUGAGGAGCGCCUAAAACAGCUGCAUGAAGCCCACAGGGAUUUUGGCCCAACAUCACAGCACUUCCUCUCCACUUCCGUCCAGGGUCCCUGGGAGCGGGCAAUAUCACCAAAUAAAGUCCCCUACUACAUCAAAAAAGAAAAAGGAAAAAGGCCUCUGACACACACAAGGACAGAAGAAAAAGAAAGCCACCAGACCCAGACGACAUGCUGGGAUCAUCCCAAGAUGACUGAACUCUACCAGUCUUUAGCUGACCUGAACAAUGUCAGGUUCUCUGCGUACAGAACCGCCAUGAAGCUUCGAAGGCUGCAGAAAGCCCUGUGCUUGGAUCUCUUGGGCCUGUUGGCAGCGUGUGAGGCCUUUGACCAGCACAACCUCAAACAGAACGAGCAGCUCAUGGACAUCCUCCAGAUCAUUAACUGCUUGACCACAGUCUAUGACCGGCUAGAGCAGGAGCACAACAACCUGGUCAAUGUUCCACUCUGUGUGGACAUGUGCCUCAACUGGCUGCUCAACGUUUAUGACACGGGCAGAACAGGGAAGAUUCGUGUUCUGUCAUUCAAAACCGGCAUGGUUUCACUCUGUAAAGCACAUUUGGAGGACAAGUACAGAUACUUGUUCAAGCAGGUGGCCAGCCCCACAGGUUUCUGCGACCAGCGAAGACUAGGCCUCCUCUUGCACGACUCCAUCCAGAUUCCUCGGCAGCUGGGAGAGGUGGCUUCCUUCGGCGGCAGCAACAUUGAACCCAGCGUCAGGAGCUGCUUCCAGUUUGCCAAUAACAAACCAGAAAUUGAAGCUGCUAUGUUCCUCGACUGGAUGAGGCUGGAGCCCCAGUCCAUGGUCUGGUUGCCUGUGUUGCACCGAGUAGCAGCAGCCGAGACAGCCAAACACCAGGCCAAGUGUAACAUUUGCAAGGAGUGUCCAAUUAUUGGAUUCAGGUACCGAAGUCUAAAGCACUUUAACUACGACAUCUGCCAAAGCUGCUUCUUCUCUGGGCGUGUCGCCAAAGGUCAUAAAAUGCAGUACCCCAUGGUUGAAUAUUGCACACCGACAACUUCAGGAGAAGAUGUGAGAGACUUUGCCAAGGUGCUGAAAAACAAGUUCAGAACAAAGCGAUAUUUUGCAAAGCACCCCCGGAUGGGAUACUUGCCAGUACAGACAGUGCUGGAGGGAGACAACAUGGAAACUCCUGUUACUCUGAUCAACUUCUGGCCAGUAGAUUAUGACCCUGCCUCUUCCCCACAGUUGUCACACGAUGAUACGCAUUCACGAAUUGAGCAUUAUGCUAGCAGGCUAGCAGAAAUGGAGAACCGUAAUGGAUCUUAUCUCAAUGACAGCAUCUCACCCAACGAAAGCAUUGAUGACGAACAUUUGCUAAUCCAGCACUACUGCCAAAGUUUGAACCAGGAGUCUCCACUGAGUCAGCCUCGCAGCCCGGCCCAAAUCCUCGUCUCCCUAGAAAACGAGGAGAGAGGAGAGCUUGAGAGGGUUCUGAAUGACCUGGAAGAGGAAAACAGAAAUCUCCAGUCCGAGUAUGACCGACUGAAGGAGGCGCACGAUCACAAGGGGCUCUCCCCCCUGCCUUCACCACCUGAGGUGAUGCCUAUCUCCCCCCAGAGCCCACGAGAUGCUGAGCUCAUUGCAGAAGCCAAACUGCUCCGCCAGCAUAAGGGUCGUCUGGAAGCCAGGAUGCAGAUCCUGGAGGAUCAUAACAAGCAGCUUGAGUCCCAGCUGCACAGAUUGAGGCAGCUGCUGGAACAGCCCCAGGCAGACGCCAAGGUCAAUGGUACUACAGUCUCCUCUCCUUCUACCUCCUCCCAGCGAUCGGACAGCAGCCAGCCAAUGCUGCUUCGUGUGGUUGGCAGUCAGACUACAGAAACCAUGGGUGUCGAUGACCUUUUGAGCCCGCCCCAGGAUGCAAACACAGGUCUCGAGGAGGUGAUGGAGCAGCUCAACAACUCUUUCCCCACAACCAGAGGAAGGAGUGCACCUGGAAAACCAAUGAGAGAGGUAACAAUGUAGGAAGCCUCUUUCACAUGGCAGAUGAUUUGGGCCGAGCAAUGGAAUCCUUGGUGACAGUAAUGACAGACGACGAGGGGUUGGAUUAACAACAUUUUCCUGCAACACUGAAUUCUGAAUAUCAAGCAUGUUUUUUUUUUUUUUUUUUUUUUUGGGGGGGGGGGGGGGGUUUGUAAUACUUCAUACAACAAAAAAAGGAUUGGAUUGUAAACGUUUACAAAGAAAAAAAUGAUCUAUAUUUUUGUGAAGGAUAGUGGUAAUAAAACUGUAGAUUUCAGUAGUUUCCUAAGUCUGAUAUUGUUUUGUUAACAAUGGCAGGUUUUACACUUCUAUGCAAUUGUACAAAAGAAAAAAAUGAACUACAUGUAAAAUCUUGUUAGUUGAAAAACUUGCCAUUUUGUAUGGAACGCGUUUCGGAUUGUUUAAAAAUAAAUUUCUAACCAUUAUAAAGAAAGAUUGUAAACUAAAGGGUGCUUUAUAAAAGACUUAUUUUAUUGUUUAUAAAAACCAAAAAAAGAAAAAAGAGUAAACAUUCAAAGGCAAUGCAUUUGUUUUGCUGCGUUACAGUUCUGUAAUUGUGUAAAGUAUACAUUAUCAGUGUUCUUUUUCUUGCUUAUCAAAGAAAGGUUAUCCUAUAAUGGUACCAAAUUGUUCAUCAGGUCAUUUUUUAAUCAUUUCAUCAUUAUUAUCCUAGGGCUUGGGACAGGUUCAGAAUUGAACAUCUUCCGCAAGGAAAGUGCCAGAUUAAAAUGAAUGAUUUUUGGGUUUCUCAUUAGUGGCAGGCCAGAAGUCUCUCUCUGUUCUUGCUGCUUUGCAAUUAUCAAAGUCUUGGAAUUUAAAAUAAUUCAGACACACUUAAACUAACAAAGUUUUAUUUUUUAUUUUUACCAUGGUGUUUCUGUAUGUUGCUAAGUAAUGUCUUUUAACCGUUGCAAUUGUGAAUACUUAUCUUCAAGCAUGGAUUUCCCAUUUAUUUAAUUUUUUUUAAAAGGUAGCUAAAGGCAAGCACUAUAAUUGUAACAUUCUUUGCAAACAUGACAAUGGAAUUCUAGUACCCUUAUUUUUAAUGGGUUUUUAAAAAAAAUGACUAUAACAACAUACUAAUGAAUAUGUAGAUUGUGAACAUUAAACUUUUCAUCUUUGUCCCAGUCCUAGUUUUGAGUUUGUGUAAUUAGUAGAAUGUUGCGUCAGUGAGCUGCGUUUUAAGGGUUAACCACUAGAGCUCACGUUUUGGACUAUCUUUAUGCUUUGGUUCAUUCUUGGUCAUUUACUGACUGACAGAAGCUCUUUUUUUUUUAAGUGAACACCAGUCACUUUCUAAUCAUGCAAUUCCUACCUCAGUUUUAUUUUAUGGUACGCUCUACUAAUAUGACAUGACCCCUGCCUGAAAAAUGUAGUUUCUGUCAUCAACAAAUACAUUUACAAACAGAUGAAUUUAGAACCAUGCCUCGAGAAUUAAUGCUCUCAGCGGUAGACACCUGCCUCAUGCAUUGUAGCCCUUUAUACUCACACAGUUAGGUACUACUAUUUUUUUUCUUGUGUUUUUUCUUCUAUAUCAAACUUGUGUUUUAAGCUGCUUGUAUUUUGUUUUAUUAUUUUAUUUUAAGGGGGGUUGAGUCUGUUCUAUUAAAAAACAAAGGUUUGAGAGUUUCAUUCUUUUUUUGCAUUAUGCUUUGAAAUUUCAUUUCAUAUAUAUGUGUGUAACCACAAAGUAUUACGUAUAAACCAUAAACAGUCAAACUGACCGCCUGUGUAUCACAGCAGCAUGUUAUUUCAUUUUUAAUCACUCAGCUAUCGUGUUCUUUUAACUGAAAUGUUGUCAUCUACCACUAAUUUUACAACUUCUUUUACAUUUUGUUUUCACAACAUAUCAAGUUCCACCAAAUAUAUGCCUUACUAUUGUAUUAUGAAUUGCUUUAUGUGUAUAUCAAUAAAGCACGCAAUUAUGUUA